AUGACAGGAGAACUUGGAGGGGAGGGAGGGAGGACGAGGAGACAAGUUGCUCUCAAGGGAGAGGAGCAGCCUAAGACAGACAGCUUGAAUGGCUCGAGUCUGUUGGGCAGGUCGGUAGCUAACGCGGGGGUCAAAUCGCCGACGAGAAUAGACUUCAUCCAGGCGCGACCGGAGGACAGAGCCUCGAAGUCCCUCUCGCGCACACAGAGCAUGCAGCUUGCUCCUGGAAGACAAGGAGUACAAGGGCCGUCAACAGUGCAGUCAAAGAAGCCGCUCAGUCCUGACAGAGCUCGCCGAGCUUCCUCCAUGCCCCUCAAGGUGACGCUGGCGGACUUCGACGCGCAGGACCCUCACACGACUGAGUGCCUGGAAAAACUCGACAACUUGACCAGCUACUUGGAGUCGACGUUCUCAAGAGCGUCGCAGCAAGGGUACCUGCUGCAGAGCGAUAUCUUCCUCUCCGGUGCCAAGUCGAUGAUCACCGAGGUGGGAAGGCUCUUGGCGGUGGACAGGAGGAGGAGGGUGAAGGACAGACUUGAGUUGAGACUUGGCGUUGCGUCUUCCUUCCGAUCGCUGAGUUUGCUUCGCGCUCAGUUUGCAUACUGGCAGCAGCUGCUGUUCCCCUCUCAGAGGCUGUGCGUCCGUCGGAGAGUGAAGUUCCUCUCGAGGAUGCGAGCGAGGCGGCGGCUCCAACUCUGCGUCCAGGCCCUGCGGGACGAGCUUGCCGUCAAGAGGGCAGUUGAGCAAAUGGCUCAGGAGGUCGCAACCGUUGGGCUGUCGUCGUGGGUGUUGACGUGGAGGGCGAACGCGAUGACGAGGAGGCAGAGUGAGUACGAUCAGUGUUACAAGUGGGUCGCCAGGCAGUGCAUGUGCAUGAAGAAGGGCCUCUGCCUCUCUCCAGGUAGUGCUGGGAUGGUGCGCUGA